AUGCUCGUUGGACAUUAUGAAGCUUCAAGCGUUGCUGAGAAACCAGAGGUCCAGCUUACCUGUCUCCAGUGCCAACAGCGCAAAAGAAAAUGCGACAAGAUGACCCCAUGCCAAACAUGCGUCCGAUCUGGCACACAGUGUACCCCUGUUUCACGUACUCGACUUCCUAGAGGUCGACAUGCCCUUCAGCGAGACGGAAAGGACUUGCGACAACGAGUUGCGAGACUCGAGAAGCUGCUCAUGGACCAAAAAGACAUUACUCACCAGUCACACCCAACGCCGCCUUCAGACAGUGAUGACACAGCCAGCACCGAGCGUGCACAGUCCGUGAUCGAUGCCAAAGCCGAAAUCGCCGGGAUCAAGGAUAUACUCCAUGAUCUCACGGUCGAUGAACCUGAUGAUCCAGUCCAGAACGCGCCGGAUUUAUAUCAGCAGCAUAGUUUUGAUUUAUUACUUUACGGAGACACAUCGUGUUUUGUUCAGCCAGAUAUCUUAAAUCGACCGCUUGUAGAUAUGGCCUCAGCCUUGCUCGACAUCUAUUAUCAUCGUGUUCACCCCAUUUUCAAACCUACUCACCGAGACGAAAUAUACAAUGUUGUGCUCAAUCCUCAUGCGUCAAAAGGCACAACAUCACCACGUAGUGAGGCAUUGGCUUUCGCUGUGAUGUACACCAGUGUGAGUAGUAUCGAUGACGAAGAAUGUUUUGUAUGGUUCAAGGAGGACAAGUUAGUACUCCGUAGGCGAUACCGUCUGGCGACCGAGGUAUACCUCUCCCGGGCUGGACUGCUUGCCACAACCGACCUCAUGGUUUUACAAGCGUACAUCAUUUAUCUUGUGGGAUACCAGAUCGAGUGUGGAUUAAGAAAAGCACACUCUCUUCUCGCAAUCGCAGUGCGAAUCGGACAAGCACUCGCUUUGGAUACGGACGAAGGCGAUGCUCAUCGUAUGCCUUACGAGAAUGAAAUGAGACGUCGAUUAUGGUACUCUAUAGGAAUUUUGGACCUUCGAGCUGCUUUCGGACUUGGGUUACACUCGGCUCUCGGCGGCGGAGCACUUUUCAUAUCGCCACCGUUGCACAUCAACGAUUGGGAUAUUUCUCCGCAGGACCACAUACCACCUGAGCCGAGACGUUCCUUCAGCGAUAUGACGUACUGCUGCGCAACCUACGAGAUGCUCAUUCAUAUGCGAAAGGUUCUGCACGUACCCAAAGAUGUCGAUGGACGGCCUGUCGUUCAACGAGACUGGCAGUAUCGGUCUGCCAUACCAGGAGAAUGCGCUGCCGCCCUCACAGAAAAGUGUUCUCAAUUUUGCGACCCCAAUCAUGCAUUUCAAUUGCUUACCAAGAAUGCCUGCGCCGGCAUGAGCAUAACCUUACAACUCAUCGCUCGUCGUCCAAUGCAUCGUAUCAAGGGGAUGGUGCCUCCCCCUGAUGAUGAUUUUGACAUUUUGGAAGUGGCCAGGCUCAUACUUGAAAGUAAUCUUCUAAAAGCUGACGAUGCGCGUUUUAAGCCAUGGGCGUGGUUUGCGUGGCCAAAAUGGUACGCUCUGGCCGUUCUCCUUGCCGAGCUCUGCCAACCUAGGACUAACUCUGGAAUCGAACGAGCUUGGGACGUUGCUGAGAGAAGUUUUGAUCUGUUAGGGGCCUCUGAUCAAGACGAAAUCCUUUGGGAUGCAAUGAAGAAGCUCAUGCGCAAGGCUAGAGUGGUCAGAGAUGCAUCAAACGCUCAGGAAUCACACGCUGAGACCACGGCGUCCCCGACAGCCAACAAGGAAUUGCAAAGCACGAUAACAGAGCAGCGAUACUCUCAUGGCGAUCUCACGAAGCUGGAAGAUGCCAAUAUCGUCGGAAGAUCUGGAAAUGCUAUGCUACAUUGA